GAACAAAGUACGUCAAAGUGAAAAGAACUGCCGAUAAGCAGUAGCGAGCUAAGGAGAAAGGAUUUCGCAAGUGAUUAAAGUUAUUACAAAAUAAAUUCAACAAAAAUGCGUUCGUUACCGAUGUUUCUACGUAUGGCCGAGGAGCUGACCAGGUUGCCGCGUGUGUCGCCGUUCCAGGCCUUCUUCCACGAGCCGCAGAUGUGGACCGGCUUGACUGUGCCUCGCAAUUGGCAGCAGAUAGCGCGCACACAGGAGCAGCAGUUUACACCGGCUGCCACCAUUGGCAAGAACGGCUACCAGGUGUCUCUGGACGUCAGCGAAUUCAAGCCCAACGAACUGACAGUGAAGACGGUGAACAACAGCGUCGUCAUCGAGGGAAAGUCUGAGCAGGAGGAGGAUGCACAAGGUGGCUACUAUUCCCGUCACUUCCUGCGUCGCUUCACUCUGCCCGAGGGCUACGAGGCAGAGAAGACAACGUCCAGCCUGAGCAGCGAUGGUGUUCUCACCAUCAGUGUACCCAAUCCGCCAGCUGUUGAGGCGGCGCUCCAGGAACGCAUUGUGCCCAUACAACAAACCGGGCCAGCGGAACUGAAUGUGAAGCCAAAUCCUCCACUGGAUCAGCCUGCUGCGAAGGAGCAGGAGAAGAAGGAACAGUGAAUCCUAUACUAUAGAUAUCCUAGUCCCGCAAUAGCUGUAGAAUUAGCAUUUACAUAAAAAAAAAAAAAAAAAAAAAACUACAAUAAACAUAAACAAAUCAAA